CCUUGAAUCUGUGAGCCAGAACAAAAUAAAAGGGGUGAUCAAUUAUUUAUCUACUCCAAAGUCUAAUCCAGCUGGGGUUUGCAAGUCUGCAAUACAAGUAAGUCUCCAGUGAAGAUGUUCAUAUCUCUUGUUUUGAUCGGAACACUGAUGACAAGGGAGUUUUUUCACCUCUGUGGAAGAGAGAAAUGGGCCUGCCUUUGCAUUUGAGGCGGCUAUGGUGAUGGAAAUUUUGGGUUUCUUUCCAUCUGGAAGUUCUGAUACAUUAUGUGAGGUGCCAUCUUUUCUAUUUUCUCUGUCAUGGGUGUUUGAUUUCAGUUUAAAUUAUUAUAUGAUUGAAUAGCGUUCUUGAUGCUGUUCUUCCUAAACCCUAGGUUAUUAUUUUAGCUGAGCUUCAAGUUCACACCUUUCUCUCUUUCCUUUCUUCAACUCAAUGUCUCCAUCCCAUCUCUUUCGUCUGAAAUUUCAUCCUGUGAUGGGUGUUGGAGAACUUAAAUUGCUUCUCUGGAUUCUGUCGGUGUUGUCUUUGGUACUCAUCUCCUUGGGAUUUGUACCUAAAGACAAUUACCUGAUAGAUUGCGGAUCAUCCACCAGCACGACGGUGAUGAAUCAUGUUUUCGUUGCUGAUAAUUCCCAAUACCUUAAGACCCAACGCAAUAUUAUGGCCAGCACAUCGAACUCCAUCACUUCUAUCAUCGCUUCGCCUCUGUAUCAAACAGCCCGAAUCUUCAAUGGAACAGCUUCUUACAACUUUCCUAUCAGCAAUCAGGGAAGGCACUGGAUACGCCUCUACUUCUUCCCGUUUCAAUACCAGGAAUACAACAUGAGUAUGGCAAUCUUCUCAGUUACCGCCCAAAAUUUCGUCCUCCUCGGUAAUUUCAAUCCACGGAACGGUUCUAUGUUCAAGGAGUACUCCCUGCCUGUAACUUCAGACAACCUCGUCCUCUCCUUCACCCCUGCCGAGCAUUCCUUUGCCUUCUUAAAUGCCUUGGAGGUUGUUUCGGUCCCUGAUACACUGAUCACCGACAAUGCCCAAACUGUUAAUCCAUUAGGGGCAUUUCAAGGUCUACUAAUGAAUGAAGCAUUGCAGACAGUUUGGAGGGUGAAUAUGGGUGGACCACUGGUCACAACCCUGAAUGACACCCUUGGGAGAACUUGGGUUGCUGAUCAGAAUUUUAUAGUGAACCAGAAUCUUGCCCAGUCUGUAACUGGGUCUGUCAAUUAUGUGCAAGGAGGACCAACCAGGGAUAUUGCUCCUGAUACUGUAUAUGGCACUGCCACAGAGAUGAACUCAUCAAAUGCACCCAACCCCAAUUUCAAUAUGACAUGGAAGUUCAACGUGGAUGCUGGUUUUCAGCAUCUGAUUCGAUUUCACUUCUGUGAUAUAGUCAGUACAGCUCUCAACAAUCUCUACUUCAAUGUUUAUGUUAAUAGCUGGGUUGUUGCUCAAGAUCUUGAUCUUAGUCUUGUAACAGUCAAUACCUUGGCCGCUCCCUAUUAUAUGGACUUUGUUCUGGGUUCAAGUAAUAGAACCAUACUCUCUGUAAGUGUUGGGCCUUCUACUACUGUUACUAGUGUUAGCCCGAAUGCCAUCCUAAAUGGGCUGGAGAUCAUGAAAAUGAGUGACUCUAAGGGUAGCCUUGAUGGUGAGGCCUUUAUCUCCCCACAUGGUUCGAAGAAGAAGGUUGGUUUGAUUGUGGGUGUGGUUCUUGGGGUGAUUGCUGUGGUAUUCUUGGGUACCAUCCUCUUCUUCAUCCUGCACAGAAGUCGACGACUGGCACAUGAUCACCCUUCAAAAUCAAAUGGAAGGAAUGCUCACAGCACGGUUAGUAAAUUCUCUAAUGGAACUAUAACUAGUGCCACCUCAGAACUUGCUCUCCGCUUUGCUUUUGUGGCACUGCAGGAGGCCACAAACAACUUUGAUGAGAGCUUGGUUAUUGGGGUUGGUGGUUUUGGGAAGGUAUACAAGGGAGUUCUGAAAGAUGAAACAACAGUGGCAGUGAAGAGGGCUAAUCCCCUGUCCAAACAAGGCCUUAUGGAGUUCCAGACUGAAAUCGAAAUGUUAUCCCAGUUCCGCCACCGUCAUCUGGUCUCACUGAUUGGCUACUGUGACGAGCAGAACGAAAUGAUCCUUGUUUAUGAGUACAUGGAAAAUGGGACCCUCAAGAAUCAUUUGUAUGGCCAAAAUCUUCCCAGCUUGAGUUGGAAACAAAGGCUCGAGAUAUGCAUUGGAUCAGCCAAAGGACUUCACUACCUUCAUACCGGUUCUGUGAAGGCGAUUAUCCACCGGGAUGUCAAGUCUGCCAACAUCUUACUUGAUGAGAAUCUCAAGGCUAAGGUUGCUGAUUUCGGGCUUUCCAAGGCAGGACCUGAGAUCGAUCAGACACAUGUGAGCACUGCAGUUAAAGGAAGUUUUGGGUAUCUUGAUCCAGAGUAUUUCAAACGACAACAACUGACCGAGAAGUCUGAUGUGUACUCAUUCGGGGUGGUUUUGCUUGAAGUCUUUUGUGCAAGACCUGUAAUUGACCCAUCCCUUCCUAGAGAGAAAGUUAACUUGGCUGAAUGGGCAAUGCAGUGGCAAAAGAGAGGAGAAUUAGAGCAAAUCAUAGAUCCUAAUCUUGCUGGUAAAAUUAGGCCCGACUCUUUGAGGAAAUUUGCAGAGACAGCUGAAAAAUGCCUGGCUGAGUAUGGUGUUGACCGUCCCACAAUGGGAAAUGUGUUAUUUAAUCUAGAAUAUGCACUUCAACUGCAGGACACAACCACUCAAGAUGAAACCGACGAGAACAGUACCAAUCAGAUAGGUGAGCUCUCCCCAAUGGUGAACCAUAUCAGCAAUGAGGAGACUAGUCUUAUUGCUGAGCAUUUAGAGUCAUCCCAAGUGGAUGAUUUUUCAGGGGUUUCAAUGAGUAAGGUGUUCUCCCAGCUGGUGAAAGCUGAAGGAAGAUAAAGAGGAAAGAGUUUUAUGCUACUGUAGAUACUGGCCUUACAUUUUUGCUAUCAAGUCAAACCAUGAUGGACCUAAUUGUAUCAAAUGACCAACCUUUCCCACCAAAGAAAUGCUUCAGUAGUUUUGCUUUGUACAGGAUGGGGAGCCAGAGAGGGUUGCUUCAAAAGAGUCUUGAUCGAGGACCCUCUGUUUCGGAUGAAGCUUCCUUGGUCUUAGUGGUAAAGCGUUACAUUGCAUAAAAAUUAUUAUUGUUAAACUAGCUUGGUUUUAUGUUUGCUCAAUGAUUUGAUAAUUCAGUUUGAUUUUUUGAUGUUGUACUGUACAGU